AUGAGCUCUCCAAGAAUGGAUUCAGCUUUGGAAGAAGGUCAAAAGACACCAAGUGAACAGAUUAAGACCACACUGUUCUGGUUACGGUGGAAAUUUACUACAAAGGAAGGUUUGUUGGGUGAUUAUGACUACAAAUACCUUUUCACCCCAACAUACCCAUUUAAAAAUUUUAUUGAUAGAAGACGUGGUAUUGAACCUGUUGUUUAUGAUCAACCAUUUUUCGGUUUGAAUGAGGAAGUACCAGUUUUACUAGGGUUGAUUCUUGGUCUACAACAUGCAUUAGCCAUGUUAGCUGGUGUCAUCACACCACCUAUGAUAAUUGGUGGUAUUGCAAAUUUAGAUGGGGUUCAUGUCAAUUAUUUAGUUUCUGCUUCGUUAAUCACAUCAGGAAUUCUUUCAGCAGUACAGAUCACCAGAUUCCGCAUCCCGAAAACACCGUUCCACGUAGGAUCUGGAGUUUUGUCAAUUGUGGGGACAUCAUUUUCGGUUAUUGGAAUUGUUAGCAAGUCUGUUCCACUAAUGUACAAAACCGGAUAUUGUCCAGGCGGUGCCAAUAGUAAAGAACCAUGUCCGGAUGGAUACGGUGCAUUACUAGGUACUGCCGCUUGUUGUGCCCUCUUAGAAAUUUUAUUAUCAUUUAUGCCACCUGAUAUCUUACAAAGAAUUUUCCCCAAGCAAGUUACAGGUCCAGUGGUUUUGACAAUUGCGGUUCCUCUAAUUCAAACUGGUUUCCAAGAUUGGGUUGGUGGUAGUGGUUGUGUUGGUGAAAUUUGCCCCAGUAAAGGAGCACCGCAGGCGGCGCCCUGGGGGUCUGCUAAAUUUAUUGGAUUAGGAUUCUUGGUUUAUGUGACAAUUAUUCUAUGUGAGAAAUAUGGACCACCAAUUUUAAAAUCAUGUGCAGUUAUUGUGGGGUUGCUAGUCGGCUGUAUAGUAGCUGCUGCAUGUGGGUACUUCCAGCACGAUAUGAUUGACCAAUCCCCAGCAGCAACUUUCCUCUGGAAACAUACUUUUAAACUCCGAGUGUAUGGGCCUGCAGUAUUACCGUUCUUGGUGCUUUUCAUAGUUUUAACCCAAGAAACUAUCGGUGACAUUACCGCUACCAGUGAUGUAUCUAGACUAGAGGUCGAAGGUAAGGCUUUCGAAUCACGUAUUCAAGGUGCUGUUCUUUCAGACGGUCUCGGCGGUAUCUUAUCAUCACUAUUUACCGUUACACCAAUGAGUACUUUCGCUCAAAAUAAUGGUGUUAUUUCUCUGACUAAAUGCGCUAGUCGCCAAGUUGGUUAUUGGACUUGCUUCUACAUGUUAGUCAUGGGUAUAUUCGCUAAAUUUGGUGCUGCUAUAGUCCAAAUCCCCAAACCUGUUCUUGGUGGUAUGACGACUUUCCUUUUCACCACUGUUGCAGUGGCCGGUAUCGCUAUUAUUUCACAGAUUCCAUUCACUAGAAGAGAUAGAUUUAUCCUAACGGGUGCUCUAUUGCCAGGUUUUGCUGCCAUCCUAGUGCCUAAUUGGUUCGAUUACGUUUUUACGUACGAAGGUGACAACAAUGCAUUGAAAGGUUUCCUCAACGCUAUCGUUCUUAUCAUGGAGACAAGUUUUACUAUCUGUGGUAUAGUUGCUAUUAUUCUCAACCUGCUAAUACCACAGGAAUUAGAUGAAGAACUUUAUGACGAUAUCGAAGUUCAACAGGAGAACUUAAGCGUCUUGGAAGGCAGAAAGAGCCCUACAUUCAAGCCAGUUAUGUCCGGCAAAGAAGUGGAAGCUUUCGAGUUGACGAGUGAACAAAGGACCAGUGAACCAUAA